AUGUCAAAUAUAGCAACUGCUUCAACCAAAGACGUUCAAGAAUAUAUUGGUCCAAAUUUAAAUGUCACUCUAACAUGUCCUGAAUGUAAAAUUUUUCCACCUGAUUUAAUUGAAAGAUUUAGUGAAGGAGAUAUUGUAUGUGGUAGUUGUGGAUUAGUAUUAAGUGAUAGAGUAGUUGAUACAAGAUCUGAAUGGAGAACUUUUAGUAAUGAUGAUCAAAAUGGAGAUGAUCCUUCUCGUGUAGGAGAUGCCGGUAAUCCUUUAUUAGAUACUGAAGAUUUAUCAACAAUGAUUUCUUAUGUUCCAAGUGAUACAAAAUUGGGUAGAGAAUUAAAUAGAGCCCAAUCAAAAUCAUUAGUUGAUAAAAAAGAUAAUGCAUUAGCAGCUGCAUAUGCUAAAAUAUCUCAAAUGUGUGAUGGUUAUCAAUUACCGAAGAUUGUUCAAGAUGGUGCAAAAGAAGUUUAUAAAAUGGUGUAUGAUGAGAAACCAUUAAGAGGUAAAUCACAAGAAUCAAUUAUGGCAGCAUCAAUUUUUAUUGGAUGUCGUAAAGCAAAAGUUGCACGUUCAUUUAAAGAAAUUUGGGCUUUAACUAAUGUUCCAAGAAAAGAAAUUGGUAAAGUCUUCCGUAUAAUGGAUAAAAUUAUUCGUGAAAAGAAUGCAGCAAAUCCUCAACAAGCUGCUUAUUAUAGUCAAGAUAAUAUUCAAACAACUCAAACUUCAGCUGAAGAUUUGAUUAGAAGAUUUUGUUCACAUCUCGGUUUAAACACUCAAGUUACUAAUGGAGCUGAAUAUAUUGCAAGACGUUGUAAAGAAGUUGGAGUUUUAGCGGGUAGAUCACCAACAACAAUUGCAGCAACUGUAAUUUAUAUGGCAUCAAUGGUAUUUGGAAUUGAUUUAGCACCUUCAAAAAUAUCCGAUAAAACUGGUGUUAGUGAUGGUACAAUAAAAACAUCUUAUAAAUAUAUGUAUGAAGGAAAAGAUAAAUUAAUUGAUCCAUAUUGGGUUGAAAGUGGUAAAGUCAAAUUAGAAAAUAUUCCAAAGAAUUGA